GAAACCCACUCGGGCACGAGGAGAACAUGCAAAGCCCAGACAGAAAGGUCCCGGUCGGCUGCAAGCUGAUGGCCACCCGUAAAGACAGACGCAGAGAUGGAACCCCACUGGAAGAAAGCUGUGGAAAAAAGAGCAGUGGCCCCUGUCCUGGAGAUACCCUGCCCUGGAACCUGUCCAAACACCAGAAGGUCAAACUCUCCAAGUCAUCCUCAGGGGAGGUCCUGGAUCCAGCAGAGAGGGCUGUAAUUCGCAUUGCAGACGAACGGGAUCAAGUGCAGAAAAAGACCUUCACAAAAUGGGUGAACAAGCAUUUGAUAAAGGCACAGCGUCAUGUGACAGACCUGUACGAAGACCUUCGGGAUGGACAUAACCUGAUCUCUCUGUUGGAGGUCCUCUCUGGGGAAACACUGCCCAGAGAGAAAGGCCGCAUGCGAUUCCACAAACUGCAGAAUGUACAGAUAGCACUGGACUUCUUGAAGCACCACCAGGUCAAGCUGGUUAACAUCAGAAAUGAUGACAUAGCAGAUGGAAACCCCAAACUAACUCUGGGGUUAAUAUGGACCAUCAUCCUCCACUUUCAGAUCUCAGAUAUUCAGGUCAACGGCCAGUCAGAAGACAUGACAGCUAAGGAGAAGCUGCUGCUCUGGUCCCAGAGGAUGACAGACGGCUACCAGGGCAUCCGUUGUGACAACUUCACCACCAGCUGGAGGGAUGGCAAACUCUUCAAUGCUAUUAUACACAAGCACUAUCCCAGAUACAUAGACAUGAGCAAAGUGUACAGACAGAGCAACCUGGACAACCUGGAACAGGCCUUCAGUGUGGCUGAGAAAAACCUGGGAGUGACACGCCUACUGGACCCUGAGGAUGUCGAUGUCCCACACCCUGAUGAGAAGUCCAUCAUCACUUAUGUAUCAUCCUUGUAUGAUGUGAUGCCUCGCGCUGACGUGCAUGACGGCAUCAGAACUAAUGAGCUGGAGCUGCGUUGGCAGGAGUACUAUGAGCUGGUGACUGUUCUGCUCCAGUGGAUCCGCCACCAUGUCACGAUCUUUGAAGAGAGGAAGUUCCCUGCCAGUUAUGAGGAGAUAGAACUUCUUUGGCGCCAGUUCUUGAAAUUCAAAGAGACAGAGCUACCAGUGAAAGAGACUGACAAGAAUCGGUCUAAACUCGUCUACCAGUCCUUUGAGAGUGCUGUGCAUGCCGGUCAGGUGAAGGUCCCGCCAGGCUACCAUCCCAUUGAUGUGGAGAAAGAAUGGGGUCGUCUCCAUGUUGCUAUCCUUGAGAGAGAGCGAUUGCUGAGGAUAGAGUUUGAAAGACUUGAGAGGCUCCAGAGGAUUGUCAGUAAAGUCCAGAUGGAGUCUGGAGUGUGUGAUGACCAACUCAACCGCCUGGAGACUCUGCUGCAGGCUGACAUUCGUCUGAUGAAUGCUGGGAAACCACCUCAGAACACAGCAGAAGUUGAGAGGGAUCUGGACAAAGCAGAGAACAUGAUUCGCCUGCUCUUCAAUGACGUACAGAUUCUCAAGGAUGGGCGCCACCCACAGGCUGAACAAAUGUACCGCAUGGUUUUCCGCCUCCACGAGCGCCUGGUGAACUUGCGUAGCGAUUACAACCUCCGUCUGAAGUCUACUAUGAGCCAGUCCCAGGUUAGCCUGAAGUCAACCAUCCAGGAAACAACCGUGAGGAUACGGCCUGAGAUGGAUGACGUGACACUGCGCUAUGUCCAAGACCUGCUGGCCUGGGUAGAGGAGAACCAGCGUCGCAUUGAUGAAGCUGAGUGGGGCUCUGACCUGCCCUCUGUGGAGUCACAGCUGGGCAGCCACAGAGGCCUGCACCGUACUGUGGAGGACUUCCGAUCCAAGAUUGAGCGGGCCAAGGCUGAUGAGAGCCAGCUAUCUCCUGUCAGUAAAGGCAAGUACAGAGAAUACCUGGGUAAACUGGACAUUCACUAUGGCAAACUACUGAACUCUUCCAAGUCCCGCCUAAGGAACUUGGAUUCACUCCACAUCUUUGUCAAUGCUGCCACUAAAGAACUGAUGUGGUUAAAUGACAAAGAGGAGGAGGAGGUGAACUUCGACUGGAGUGACAGAAACACCAACAUGACUGCUAAGAAAGACAACUACUCGGGUCUCAUGAGAGAGCUGGAGCUGAGGGAGAAGAAAGUCAAUGACAUCCAAGCCAUGGGAGACACACUUGUCAGGGAUGGACAUCCUGGCAAGAAGACAGUUGAGGCCUUCACAGCUGCCCUUCAGACACAGUGGAGUUGGAUCCUCCAGCUGUGCUGCUGCAUUGAAGCUCACCUCAAAGAAAACACUGCCUACUACCAGUUCUUUGCAGAUGUGAAAGAAGCUCAGGACAAGAUGAGGAAAAUGCAAGAGAACAUGAAAAAGAAAUACAGCUGUGAUCGCUCCACAACAGCCACACGCCUGGAGGAUCUGCUGCAGGAUGCUGUCGAAGAGAAAGAGCAGUUGAAUGAAUUGAAGACCAUGGUGACUGGCCUGAACAAGAGAGCCAAGUCUGUCAUUCAGCUGAAACCACGUAACCCCACCACCUCCAUCAAAGGCAAGCUGCCUAUUCAGGCUGUCUGCGACUUCAAGCAACAGGAGAUUACUGUCCAUAAAGGGGAUGAGUGUGCUCUCCUCAACAACUCUCAGCCCUUCAAGUGGAAGGUCCUGAACCACUCUGGAAACGAGGCGGUGGUGCCCUCUGUCUGUUUCAUUGUGCCUCCAGUCAACAAGGAGGCUGUAGACAGUGUGUCCAGUCUGGAUGAAGCUCAUCAGCAGAUGAUGUCCAUGUGGCAGAUACUCCAUAUAGACAUGAAGAGUCUGCUAUCGUGGCAGUACCUGAUGAGAGACUUCUCACAGAUACGCUCCUGGAACAUCACCAUGUUAAGGACAAUGAAACCAGAGGAAUACAGGCUGCUGAUAAGGAACAUGGAGCUUCAUUACCAGGACUUCCUGCGUGACAGCCAGGACUCGCAGCUCUUUGGCCCUGAUGACCGUGUGCAUAUUGAGGAAGACUACACCAAGUCGACACUGCAUUUUGAAAACCUGCUUCGCUCCAUGGAGAAAGGUCAACAGGACGAGUCUCUGUGUAAGAACUACAUCUCUGAGCUCAAGGACCUGCGUCUGCAUAUAGAAGACUGCGAGGCUCGGACCGUGGCUCGCAUACGCAAACCUAUGGAACUGGAGCCUCUGAAAGAAUGUGCUCAGAAGACAACAGAGCAGAAGAAAGUCCAGGUGGAGCUUGAGGGCCUCAAGAAGGACCUUGAUAAGGUCUCUGUAAAAACACAAGAAGUCUUGAACUCCCCUCAGCAGCCUGCCUCUGCUCCUGUGCUGCGGUCAGAGCUUGACCUCACUGUGCAGAAGAUGGAUCAUGCCUACACACUCUCCGUAGUUUAUCUUGACAAGCUGAAAACUGUGGAAAUGGUCAUCCGUAAUACACAAGGUGCUGAGGGAGUUCUCAAGCAGUAUGAGGACUGUCUGCGUGAGGUUCAAACUGUGCCCAGUGACAUUAAGGAAGUAGAAACUUAUAGAACAAAGCUGAAGAAAAUGCGAGCUGAGGCUGAGGGUGAACAGCCGGUGUUUGAUUCCCUGGAAGAAGAGAUGAAGAAAGCCUCUACUGUGAGUGACAAGAUGUCACGUGUGCACACCGAGCGUGACGCUGAGCUGGACCACUACCGCCAGCUCCAGUCUAGCCUCCAGGACCGCUGGAAGGCCGUGUUCACCCAGAUCGACCUUCGUCUGAGGGAACUUGAGCAGUUGGGCCGCCAACUGGGCUACUACCGCGAGAGUUAUGAUUGGCUGAUUAACUGGAUUGCCGAUGCUAAGCAAAGGCAGGAGAAGAUCCAGGCUGUGCCCAUCACUGACAGUAAAACUCUGAAGGAGCAGCUUGCCCAGGAAAAGAAACUUCUGGAGGAGAUUGAGAAGAACAAAGAUAAAGUUGAUGAGUGUCAAAAAUAUGCUAAAGCAUACAUUGAUACCAUCAAGGAUUAUGAACUCCAGCUGGUUGCCUACAAAGCUCAAGUGGAGCCUCUUGUUUCUCCUGUGAAGAAAACCAAACUGGACUCUGCUUCUGACAACAUCAUUCAGGAGUAUGUAACACUGAGGACCCGGUACAGUGAGCUGAUGACCCUGACUAGUCAGUACAUCAAGUUCAUCACCAACACACAGCAUCGCUUGGAGGACGAGGAGAAAGCUGCAGAGAAACUCAAAGCGGAAGAGCAGAAAAAAAUGGCCGAGAUGCAGGCUGAGUUAGACAAACAGAAGCAGUUAGCUGAAACUCACGCACAGGCCAUUGCCAAAGCUGAGAAAGAGGCUCGAGAACUGAAACUUAAAAUGCAGGAAGAAGUAAGCAGGAGAGAAGUUGCCGCUGUAGAUGCAGAGAAGCAAAAGCACAAUGUCCAGCUGGAACUGCAUGAGCUCAAAAAUCUCUCUGAGCAGCAGAUUAAGGAUAAAAGUCAACAGGUGGAAGAGGCUCUUCAAAGCAGGGCCAAGAUUGAGGAUGAAAUCCAUCUAAUCAGGAUCCAACUUGAGACAACUCUAAAACAAAAGUCUACUGCUGAAUCUGAGCUCCAGCAACUUCGUAGCAGAGCAACUGACGCUGAGAAACUCAGAAAGGCUGCCCAAGAAGAAGCUGAGAAACUUCGUAAACAAGUUAUUGAAGAAACCCAGAAAAAGCGCAUAGCAGAGGAGGAACUCAAACUCAAACUUGAAGCAGAGAAGGAAGCUGCUAGGCAAAAGCAAAAAGCUCUGGAGGAACUUGAAAACCUCAAGUUACAGGCUGAGGAGGCUGAAAGGCAAGUGAAACAAGCAGAAAUUGAAAAGGAGAGACAAAUCCAUGUUGCUCAUGAGGCAGCUCAGAAGACUGCUGCUGCAGAACUUAAAAGCAAACACAUGUCCUUUGUAGAAAAAACCUCAAAGUUAGAGGAAUCACUUAGACAAGAGCAAGGUGCUGUCAUUCAGCUGCAACAAGAAGCAGACCGUCUCAAGAAACAACAAGAGGAAGCAGAAAAUGCCAGGGAAGAUGCAGAAAAAGAGCUAGAGAAGUGGAGGCAGAAAGCUAACGAAGCCCUUCGUCUAAGACUCCAGGCUGAAGAAGAAGCUCACAAAAAGAGUCUUGCUCAAGAAGAAGCUGAGAAACAAAAGGAAGAGGCUGACCGUGAGGCUAAAAAGAGAGCCAAAGCUGAGGAGUCAGCCCUCAAGCAGAAAGAUAUGGCAGAACAAGAACUUGAGAGGCAGAGGAAAGUAGCUGAGAGCACAGCCCACCAGAAACUCAUGGCAGAACAGGAACUGAUUCGACUUAGAGCAGAUUUUGACAAUGCAGAGCAGCAGAGAUCCCUCCUUGAAGAUGAACUUUACCGCCUGAAGAAUGAAGUCAUUGCAGCUCAGCAGCAAAGAAAACAGCUAGAGGAUGAACUGGCCAAAGUAAGAAGUGAAAUGGAUAUACUCAUUCAGCUCAAAUCUAAGGCAGAAAAGGAAACCAUGUCUAACACUGAGAAGAGCAAACAACUUCUUGAGGCUGAAGCUGCCAAGAUGAGGGAUCUGGCUGAUGAAGCAAGCAAGCUAAGAGCCAUUGCAGAGGAGGCCAAGCAUCAAAGGCAGGUUGCUGAGGAAGAGGCUGCUCGUCAGAGAGCAGAGGCUGAGAGGAUUCUCAAAGACAAGCUGGCUGCAAUCAGUGAGGCCACUCGUUUAAAAACAGAAGCUGAAAUUUCCCUCAAAGAGAAGGAGGCAGAAAACGAAAGACUCCGACGACAAGCUGAAGAUGAGGCUUACCAGAGGAAAGCUCUUGAAGACCAGGCCAACCAGCACAAGCAAGAGAUUGAGGAAAAAAUAAUACUACUCAGAAAAUCAUCUGAGGCUGAAAUGGAAAGACAAAAGGCAAUAGUGGACGACACAGUCAAACAGAGACGAGUUGUUGAAGAAGAAAUUCGAAUUCUUAAGCUCAACUUUGAAAAGGCUUCAUCUGGAAAACUUGAUCUGGAGCUAGAACUGAACAAACUGAAAAAUAUUGCAGAGGAAACACAACAAAGCAAGCUCAGAGCAGAGGAGGAGGCAGAGAAACUAAGGAAGCUUGCCCUUGAGGAGGAGAUGAGGAGAAAAGAAGCAGAAGAGAAGGUUAAGAAGAUUGCUGCUGCAGAGGAGGAGGCAGCCAGACAACGUAAGGCAGCUCAAGAAGAGCUUGAUCGUCUGAAAAAGAAAGCAGAAGAAGCCAGAAAUCAGAAAGAAGAGGCUGAUAAAGAAGCAGAAAAACAGAUUGUUGCAGCCCAACAAGCAGCCCUGAAAUGCAGUACAGCUGAACAGCAAGUCCAAAGUGUCCUUGCUCAACAAAAGGAAGAUAGUAUCAUGCAUAAAAAGCUUAAGGAAGAGUAUGAGAAAGCCAAAAUGCUUGCCAAAGAGGCAGAGGCUGCUAAGGAGAAGGCAGAAAGGGAAGCAGCACUCCUUCGUCAACAAGCAGAGGAAGCAGAACGACAAAAGGCAUCUGCUGAGAAAGAAGCUGCAAAUCAAGCCAAAGCUCAUGAGGAUGCUGAGAGACUAAGAAAGGAGGCUGAAUUUGAAGCUGCUAAACGUACACAAGCAGAAGCUGCAGCACUUCAGCAGAAGCACCAGGCUGAUGCUGAAAUGGCAAAGCACAAACAACUGGCAGAGCAAACAUUAAAACAGAAGUCCCAAGUGGAACAAGAGCUCACAAAGGUUAAACUUCAGCUUGAUGAAACAGAUAAACAGAAAUCUGUGCUUGAUGAAGAGCUGCAACGCUUGAAGGAUGAGGUUGAUGAUGCUGUAAGACAAAAGACUCAAGUGGAGGAGGAGCUGUUCAAAGUUAAGAUUCAGAUGGAGGAACUACUCAAACUUAAACUCAGAAUUGAAGAAGAAAAUCAACGUCUCAUCAAGAAAGACAAAGAUAACACACAAAAAUUCCUUGCAGAGGAGGCUGAAAAUAUGAAAAAGCUUGCAGAGAAUGCUGCUAGGCUUAGUGUGGAAGCCCAAGAGGCUGCACACAUGAGACAGAUUGCAGAAGACGAUCUCAAUCAGCAACGAGCUCUAGCAGAAAAAAUGCUCAAAGAAAAAAUGCAGGCUAUACAAGAGGCAUCCAGACUUAGAGCUGAGGCAGAGAUGCUGCAAAAGCAGAAGGACCUGGCUCAGGAGCAGGCACAAAAGCUGCUUGAAGAUAAACAGCAAAUGCAACAACGUCUGGAGGAGGAAACAGAAGAAUUCCAGAAGUCACUUGAAGCAGAGAGGAAGAGGCAAUUGGAGAUCUUAGCUGAAGCAGAAAGAUUAAAGCUUCAGGUUUCUCAGCUCAGUGAAGCCCAGGCCAAAGCUGAAGAAGAGGCUAAAAAAUUCAAGAAACAAGCGGAUACAAUUGCUGCCCGUCUUCAUGAGACUGAGGCUGACGAUUUACGCAAAGCUAUCGCAGACUUAGAAAAGGAGAGGUCUAGACUGAAAAAGGAGUCUGAAGAACUUCAAAAUAAGUCUAAAGAGAUGGCUGAUGCACAGCAGAAACAAAUCGAACAUGAGAAGACAGUGCUCCAGCAGACAUUCCUAACAGAGAAGGAGAUGCUGUUGAAGAAGGAGAAGCUCAUUGAAGAUGAGAAAAAGAGGCUAGAGAGUCAGUUUGAAGAGGAAGUCAGAAAGGCCAAGGCUCUCAAAGAUGAACAAGAACACCAGAAACAGGUGAUGGAAGAGGAGAAGAAGACACUCCAGGCUACAAUGGAUGCGGCCUUAAAUAAGCAAAAAGAGGCUGAGAAAGAGAUGCUUAACAAGCAAAAAGAAAUGCUAGAGCUGGAAAGGAAGAGACUAGAGCAGGAAAGGAUUCUUGCAGAAGAGAACCAGAAACUGCGUGAGAAGCUGCAGCAACUUGAGGGAGCACAGACUGAUAAAGUUACAAAGAAAGAGACUGUCCAUGUAACAAUGGUUGAGACAGCAAAUAAAGUUUAUAACGGCCAAAACGCUGGUGAUUUGGUUGACAGCGUGGCGAAGAAACCAGACCCGUUAGCUUUUGAUGGCAUCCGUGAUAAGGUACCUGCAAGCAGGCUUCAUGACAUUGGUCUUUUACCCAAGAAGGACUUUGACCAACUGAAAAAUGGCAAAAUCACUGUGCAAGAGCUUGGUGAAACAGAAAAUCUAAGAAGAAUUCUUAAAGGAAAGAACUGCAUUGCUGGUGUUUUAACACCAUCUAAUCAAAAAAUGUCAAUAUAUCAAGCAUCAAAAGAGAAGAAGAUUACUCCAGGCACAUCCAUGAUCCUUCUUGAAGCCCAGGCAGCCACAGGUUACAUUUUAGACCCCAUUAAAAACCAAAAACUUUCAGUUAAUGAGGCUGUCAGGGAAGGCUUGAUUGGCCCUGAACUGCAUAACAAAAUGCUUUCAGCUGAGAGGGCUGUUGUUGGAUACAAAGAUCCAUACACUGGAGGGAAGAUCUCUGUCUUUGAAGCUAUGAAGAAGGGUCUCAUAGAGCCUGAUCAUGCCAUCAGAGUUCUUGAGGCUCAGCUUGCAACUGGUGGCAUCAUCGAUCCUAUCAAUAGUCACCGUGUACCCAUUGAAACAGCCUACAAGCAGGGACAAUAUGAUGCAGAAAUCAAUAAGAUUAUGGAGAACCCUUCAGACGACACAAAGGGAUACUUUGACCCGAGCACUCAAGAACCUUUGACAUAUUCUGAGCUAAUGUCAAGAUGCAACACUGACCCUGACACAGGUCUGUUACUCCUGCCAAUUACAGAUAAAGCUGCUCAGUGCUCAAGUAUAUACACAGAGGAGGAGACCAAGGAUGUGUUCAACAAAACAACUGUGUCUGUGCCAUUUGGAAGAUUCAAGGGAAAGACUGUCACCAUUUGGGAACUAAUCAAUUCUGAGUACUUCACUGAAGACCAGAAGAAGGACCUUCUCCGUCAAUAUAAGACAGGCAAAAUCACAAUCGAAAAAAUCAUCAAGAUUGUGAUUACUGUGACAGAGGAAAAGGAGAAGAAGAAUGAAAUUACAUUUGAUGGUCUGAGAGAACCUGUCCCUGCCACUGAGCUCCUGGAAUCUAAAAUCAUCGAUAAUGACCUGUACAAUGAAUUACAAAAGGGUAAUAAGACAGUCAAAGAAGUGUCUGCAAUGGAGCUUGUCCACAAAGCACUGAAGGGCUCAAACUGCAUUGCAGGUGUAGUUAUUGACUCAUCCAAGGAAAUAAUGUCUUUCUAUCAAGCUAUGAAAAAAGACAUGAUGAGGCCAGGGCCUUCUUUGAAUAUGCUUGAAGCCCAAGCAGGAACAGGGUAUGUGGUUGACCCUGUUAAUAAUCAGAAGUACACUGUUGAUGAAGCUGUCAAAGCAGGUGUUGUUGGUCCUGAGCUGCAUGAAAAGCUCCUGUCUGCAGAGAGAGCUGUUACAGGCUACAGAGAUCCUUACACUGGAAAAACUGUAUCUCUGUUCCAGGCAAUGAAAAAAGAUCUCAUACCUAAAGAACAAGGAAUUCGAUUGCUUGAUGCCCAAAUGACUACAGGUGGUAUCAUUGAUCCAGUAAAGAGUCAUCGCAUUCCUCAUGAUGUGGCCUGCAAGAGAAAUUAUUUUGAUGACAAAAUGAAACAGAUUCUGACCAGCCCAAAUGAUGAAACUAAAUGUUUUUUUGACCCUAACACAAAAGAGAAUGUCACAUACUCACAGCUCUUCAAGAGAUGUGUCACUGACAAAAAAACAGGUCUUCAGCUUCUUCCUCUUUCAGACGAAGCAAUCAUUUCAAAGGAGGAGCCAACGUAUACUGAAGUCCAGACAAAAGAGGCCAUGACUCAGGCAACUGUGGAGAUUGACUCUGAACCAUUUAGGGGAAAGAAGAUGACUAUCUGGGAAAUCAUCAACUCUGAAUAUCUCACUGAGGAGCAAAGGCAAGACCUGCUCAGACAGUUCCGGUCAGGAAAGAUUACAAUUGAAAAGAUUAUUAAGGUUGUUAUAACAAUUGUCAAUGAGAAAGAGACCAGGAAACAAGAACAGUCCAGCUUCAAGGGAAUCAGAGCUCCUGUCCCAGCAAGCUCACUAUAUGAUUCCAAAAUCAUUGACAAACCAACCUUUGACCUCCUCCAACAAGGCAAAACAACACCUAAACAAGUCAGCCAGAAUCCCAAUGUCAACAAAUACCUCCAGGGAUCUGAUUGCAUUGCUGGCAUCUACUUAGAGCCUACAAAAGAGAAAACAAGCAUUUAUCAGGCAAUGAAGAAAAAACUCCUCAGACACAAUACAGGUCUUUCACUUCUUGAAGCCCAGGCUGCCACUGGGUUCAUUGUAGAUCCAGUGAGGAACCAGUGUUUGUCAGUAGAUGAGGCAGUGAAGUCAGGACUUGUUGGUCCAGAGCUACAUGAAAAACUUCUCUCUGUAGAAAAAGCUGUCACUGGCUAUAAAGAUCCAUUCACGGGCAACAAAAUCUCCCUCUUUGAAGCAAUGCAAAAAGGUCUCAUCCCGAAAGAGCAUGCCAUGCCACUGCUGGAGGCACAGAUGGUUAGUGGAGGAAUCAUUGACCCUGUAAACAGCCACCGUGUCCCAGUUGAAGUUGCAUAUCAAAAGAACAUAUUCAGUAAAGAAACUGCAAAGACCCUGUCUGAACGAUCUGAUGAUAAUAAGGUUUUCUCAGACCCAGAAACAGAUGAGAAUGUAACCUACAGACAACUUAAAGACAAAUGCCAAAGAGAUCCAGAGACAGGCCUGUAUAUCCUCCCACUCUCCAAGCCUCAGUCUCCAACUGUUGUGGAGAAGACAUAUCUUUACACAGAGGAGCAAACACAGAGUGACCUGACCAACACUCAGAUUGACAUUCCAACUGAGGGCCUUGCUGACAAACAUAUGAACCUCUGGGAAGUGAUGAACUCAAAUUUGCUUCCAGAAGCAGAGAGGAAGAGGCUCAUGGAUGAAUAUCGCUCUGGUAAAAUUACCAAAGAGCGGAUGAUCAUCAUUAUUAUUGAGAUCAUGGAGCAGAGAGAGAUCAUCAGAAAUGAAAGCCCACUGUCAUGUACAACUAUAAGGAGAAAGAUAACUAUUGAGGAGCUCUAUAAUGCCCGCAUCAUUGACUUGGAGACAUACAACCUACUUAUGCAAGGCAAGAGGGAUAUCCGUGACAUAAUGGAGAUGACAAGUGUCAAACAGUAUCUCUAUGGUACAGGCUGUGUUGCUGGGUUCACAACUGACUCAAGCUCCAAGAUGAGCAUAUACCAAGCAAUGAAGAAAGGUUUAAUUAGUCCAGAAACAGCCCUCACACUCUUAGAAGCCCAAGCUGCUACAGGAUUCAUUGUUGAUCCAAUAAAGAAUGAGACACUCACUGUUGAUGAAGCUGUUCGUAAGGGUGUUGUUGGUCCUGAAAUCCAUGAUAAACUUCUCUCAGCUGAAAGAGCAGUCACAGGAUACAAAGAUCCAUACAGUGGGAAAAUCAUCUCUCUUUUCCAGGCCAAGAAAAAGGAUCUUGUUCCAGAGGAAUAUGCUCUGAAAAUGUUAGAGGCACAAAUUGCCACCGGUGGCAUUAUAGAUCCAGAAUUCCAGUUCCAUCUGCCAGCAGACAUUGCCGUACAAAGAGGUUAUAUCAACAAGGAAACCAAUGAGAGACUGGCCACUGAUGUUAAAGGAUUCACUGACCCUGUCACUGAUGAGAAACUGUCAUAUGCACAGCUGCUCAAGAGAUGUAAGUUAGCUGGUGGAUUGUGCCUCCUUCCCCUGGGAGACAAACGGCCAACACUCAAGGGUCUGAGGAAACAAAUCACAAUAGAGGAGCUGCUCCGCUCACAAAUAAUUGACCAGCAGACUGUCACUGAACUGAAUGAAGGUCUCAUUUCACUGGAGGAGAUAAGCAAGAGGCUAUCAAAGUACCUUGAGGGCACAAGCUGUAUUGCUGGUGUAUUUUUAGAGUCCUCAAAAGAACGCCUAUCAGUUUAUCAGGCCAUGAAGAGGAACAUAAUUAGGCCAGGCACUGCUUUUGAGCUCCUUGAGGCACAGGCAGCCACAGGUUAUGUCAUUGAUCCAAUCAAAAACCUCAAACUGACUGUCAAUGAAGCAGUGAGUAUGGGAACUGUGGGCCCAGAGUUCAAAGACAAGCUUCUCUCUGCUGAGCGUGCAGUGACAGGAUAUAGAGAUCCUUAUUCAGGCAAGACAAUCUCCCUGUUCCAGGCCAUGAAAAAGGGGCUCAUCCUGAAAGAUCAUGGUAUCCGUCUCCUGGAAGCCCAGAUUGCAACUGGUGGAAUCAUUGACCCAGAGGAAAGUCACCGUUUGCCAGUUGAGGUGGCCUACAAACGUGGCUUCUUUGAUGAGGAAAUGAAUCAGAUCCUAUCAGAUCCAUCUGAUGACACCAAAGGUUUCUUUGAUCCUAACACUGAGGAAAAUCUAACCUACCUCCAGCUCAUGGAGAGGUGUAUCACUGAUCCUCACACUGGCCUGGUGCUCCUGCUACUUAAAGAAAAGAAGCGAGAAAGAAAGACCUCCUCUAAGUCCUCAGUUCGUAAACGCCGAGUUAUCAUCAUAGAUCCAGACACAGGCAAGGAAAUGACUGUGUAUGAGGCCUAUAGGAAGGGGCUCAUAGACCAUCAAACCUACCUGGAGCUUUCUGAGCAGGAGUGUGAAUGGGAAGAGAUCACCAUGACUUCCUCUGAUGGGACAGUCAACUCAAUUAUCAUUGACAGGAGGUCAGGGAGACAGUAUGAUGUUGAUGACGCUCUUUCUCGUGGCCUCAUUGACCAAAAUUCUCUUGAUAAAUACCGAACUGGACACCUGGCCAUCACAGAAUUUGCUGACAUGUUAUCAGGAAAUGUGGGAGGCUUCCGCUCACGCUCAUCCUCCUUUGGAUCUACCAGUGGUUCCACCUACUCUUCACCUAUGAGCCCCAUACCUUCCAUUAAACCACCUGCAGUUAUAUGGAAUGACCCCACAGAGGAGACUGGCCCCAUAGCUGGAAUAUUAGACAUAGAUACGCUGGAAAAAGUGUCUAUCACUGAAGCAAUGCGCAGAAACCUGGUAGAUAGCAUCUCAGGCCAAAGACUGUUGGAGGCCCAGGCCUGCACAGGAGGAAUAAUUGACCCCUCAACUGGAGAGAGAUUCUCAAUCACUGAUGCUACAGAAAAAGGCCUUGUUGAUAAAGUAAUAGUUGAUCGCCUCAAUCUGGCUCAAAAAGCAUUCAAAGGAUUUGAAGACCCAAAGAGUAAAGUAAAAAUGUCUGCCUCCCAGGCGCUAAAGAAGGGCUGGGUGUAUUAUGAGGCUGGCCAGCGUUUCCUUGAGGUCCAGUAUCUGACUGGUGGCCUUAUUGAGCCUGAUGUUGAGGGCAGAGUGUCACUAGAUGAAUCCAUCAGGAAGGGCGCAAUCGAUGCUCGCACUGCCCAGAAACUGAGAGAUGUCGGUGCUUAUUCUAAAUAUCUAACAUGUCCAAAAACCAAACUAAAAAUCUCCUUCAAAGAUGCCAUGGACAGAAGUAUGGUCGAGGAAGGAUCUGGCCUAAGGCUUCUGGAGGCCUCCUCCCAGUCCAGCAAAGGUCUCUACAGUCCCUACAAUGUCAGUGGCUCUGGAUCAGCCUAUGGCUCUCAGAGUGGCUCAAGAACUGGAUCCCGAUCAGGCUCCAGGAAGGGCAGCUUUGAUGCCAGCUCUGGCUUCACCUCAACCUUCACAUCCUCCUCCUUCACAACCUCUUCAACUAGCUACAGUCCGAGACCACUGGAUAUGAUGGAGGAGGCUGCCAUCAGAAGCAAUGGGGCAUUCACCUCCCAGAAUUCUUCACUCAGCUCCCUUGACUACUCAGAUCUGACCCUUUCCCUCCCAGCUCUCCCUGCAUCAGAGACUGGAAGCAGAGAGGAUGAUGAAAGUGCUUUGUUUGGAUCACCAACACCUACAUCACAGGAUCAGAGACAUGGCCGGCCCAACUGCCUGGGCCAGAAGUCCAAGCAUGUGAGGUCAGACGAGGACUUCCUUAAGGAGUGCUACCAACGACGAAAGGAGUGCCAACCCUCUGAGCAAUGUGGGGAGGCCAAACAAGAAGAUGCUGUCAAAGACAAAGCCACAGAUGAUAUUAACACGGAAAGAGAGGUGGAGAUAGACAGGGAGGCUCAGGAAGUUGAUUGUAAGAGGGAGGAGGGGACUCAAACUCCCAAUUCGGACAAACCACUUCGCAGCUCCCCUGCCUCCACAAUCAGGAGUACCAGCACCCUGGAUAAUGCCUGGCACAGCAGCCCUUCUCCAGCAAAAACAUCCCGAAAUGGGACGCUAACACGGAGAACAGUUCCUCCGGAGUUUGCCAGAUCCCCUCUGGCUCACCCAGACAAGAGUGCUGCAGAGAGGAGGGCCAGCUUCCAGAGGAGAGACUCUAGAGAAGGAAGCCCCUGGUCCUGGAAGACCGUGGCAUCACGUGAGGUUACAGAGGUGACGGAGGUGACAGAGACAAUCAUAACUGAAAUUGUGGAAGUUACAGAAUAUCCAUCUGGAGAUAAAGGAGGGGACCCAAUAGUCACCAGAACUGUUAGAGUCCUGAAUGGGGUGGCAGAGGAACUUGCCGAGCUCCAAAGUGAUGGGCACUCAAGCUCAGACCAGGAUUCAAGCCUGGACAGAAUGAGGGGAACAUCUGCCCUGGCAUUAAAGGAUGUGUCUAUAGACUCUGAGACAUUUCUCCAAAACCUAGAAGCCUUGCUCACAUGGGUCUGUGAAAUAGAGGAGCUCACAGCUAAUCAAAAACCCCCAUCCUCAGAGGUCAAAGUGGUGAAAGCACAGCUUCAAGAACAAAAGCUCUUGCAGCGCCUCCUAAAAGACCGCCGGCAUUGUAUGGAUGCUAUGAUGUCAGAGGGCCCUUGUUUGGUAGAGACCCACCCUGGAGAGGAGGGGGAGCAGGCAAAGGUCAAGUUCUCCAUGCUUAAACAGAAGUGGGAGGCUUUACAGCUGGAGGCAGAGCAAAGGAGGGUGAGUCUGGAGCUUAUCCUGCCCAGGGCCCAGCUCUUCCAGGAAGGAGUAAACAGUUUGCAGCAAUGGCUUAUAUCUGUGGAACAGGCCCUAGCUGAACUACGCAAUGCAGAAAGAGUGAUGCUGCAUCUCUCAGAGGCCACAGACCGGGCCAAGGCUGUUGUUGAAGAGAUUCGAGACAAAACCAUGGAGUUAGGGAAAAUACAGAAGUCAGGCCAUAAACUAAUGGAAGCAAUUUCAGGUAAUGUUUACUGGAGGAGGAAGCCCAACAGAGGCUGGAGCAGGCUCUGGAGGCUUCUAGCCGCCGCACCUCCAGCCCGAGGGGCUCAGACACAUGCUGGAGAUGCAGUACUAUGUGCAGCUGAGCGACAGCGGCUGGAACAGGCUGUGGUGAAGGAGAUGGCUUGGUUCAGAGACACAGCACUGAGUCUUGAAAAGCUGAAAACCAUUAACCUGGAUCCAGAGCUCAUAGCCGAGCAACUCUAUGAACAGAAGAUUUUGGCGGUAGAGAUUCUUCAACACAGGUUCAACAUUGAGAAGAUGAUGAAGAUUGCUGAAAUCUUGAUGACUUACAGUGAUGAAGGAGAAACGGGCGAUCUUCAGACCCCAACAGAUGCGUUACAGGAACAAUGCAACACAACUUCAGCCACCAAUUCUCACGUGGUUCUGCAGCUUGAGCAUGCUCAGUCCCUUCUUCUCCAGUUCUCAGAGGGCCUCGCUGAGGUUUCACCUUGGCUUGAAGAAACUCAAACCCUUAUUGGCCAGCUGUCCUUGAGCACAAUUAGCUAUGAAGCAUUUCGGGAACAACAGGACCUUUUGCAGGGUCUGAGGGAGUCUGUAGCAGAACACAGGCCUUUAAUUGCACGCUUAUGCUCUCUGGCAAAACAGUUGUCAGAACUAAACCCCAUUCAGGGGGACAACUUCUGUCGCAAGGCUAUAGAGGCCGAGGAGCAGCACAGAGCCAUCAGAGACCGGGUCAGAGAGGCUGCUUGUCUGCUCGAAGAGUCCUUGCCUCGAUUCACACAACUGAAUGAGAGGAUGAAUCUUAUCAGAGAGAGUCUUGACCGCCUGCGCAGUGGCAUACAGACUCCCAGCUUACUUCAAGGUCUCACCCCAAGGAUCCAGGAGCAACUGCAGGGCAACAAACAGACCCUGGCUGAGCUGUCCAAGUUGGAGAUGGGUCUCAGCAGUGUCAAGACACAGGCAGAAGAGCUGCUGGCUAACACACAGGCUGCUGGUGAUGGAUCCAUCGGCAAAGCAAUCCAGGAGCAGGCAUUCAGCCUGACCCAGCUGUGGGAUGAGACACACACUCAGGCCCAGGAGAGAGAAAGCUGGCUGCUCAAACUCUUGGAUCUUGCCCUGAAGUUCUGGAGUGAUGUAAACGAUGUCACGGUUUCUCUCAGUGAUGCUCAGCAAGCAGUUUUGGACCUCAAUUCUAGCCAAACAGACUCCGAAACUAUUCGUCAGAGCCUCGAAACCAUGCAGACUCUCAGGGAGGAUAUUGACAGUUUACAGGGAGAUCUUGAUACUCUUGGUGUUCUGGGAAUGGACCUUAUGUCAGCAUGUGGGGAUACAGACAAACCAGAUGUCACAAAGAGCCUAGAUGAACUUUAUUGCACAUGGAACAACUUGAGCAAACUCUGGAACGAGUGUCACAGAAAGCUGGAGGAGUCAUUACAGAUGGCUCUGCACUACCAAGACACUAUGCAGGGUCUUUUUGAGUGGCUAAAGUCAGCUGAGCUGAGGUCUACUGAAGAAUUCAUGGUAGAAACUGACCUGGAAUCAGUUAAAGAGCAGCUAUGCGAUCUUAAGGAAUUUAAGAGGGAACUUUACCAGAAGAAAAUCGAGAUAGAAAGCCUGAACCAUGGCUUUGUAUGCCGGCUGUCUCCAGGUUCAGAGCGUCCAGGCUCAGUAUCGCCUCUGUGUGAUUUCAGACAACGCUGGGACAGCCUGGAGUCAGAGACAGUCAACAGACAGCAUCAGCUGGAAUGCGCUCUGCUGGGUCUUGGUCAGUUCCAAAACACACUGGAUGAGCUGCACACAUGGCUUUCCAGGACUGCUGAACAACUGCAGGGCAGCCUGUCCAUCAGCAUCGACCUGCAGACCUGUGAAAUAGAACUGGCCAAACACAAGGUCUUGCAUAAUGAUGUCAUGUCCCAUGUUCGCACGAUGGAGUCCCUCAAUCAGGCAGGCAGGGGGCUGCUGGAGGCUGGGUCUGGGGACAGCCCACAUGGUCUGCAGGCUCGACUAGAGCAACUCCACGAAACCUGGGAGUUUGUCCGCUGUGAGACUGAACGUAGGCAGCUGGAGCUAGAGAACAGACUGAGUCAGGUCCAAGAUGUUACAAUGGAAAUUCAGGACCUGCUGCAGUGGCUGGAGAACACAGACCUGAGACUGUCCUCCUCCAAGACCAUGUGGGGGAUGCCAGACUCUGCCAGUGAACGGCUCAGUGCCCACCUGGAGUUGUGCAAUGAGAUGGAGUCGAAGCUCCACACCUACACAGAUGUGAGGAAUGCCAUCCACAGGAUGCUAGAGAGCAGCAACCUCGUGCGGGGAUCAAACACAGAACACAGCCUGUCUAUUCUUGAACAGAAAUGGGUUUCUGUUUACGGCAAAGUCCAGGAGCGAAAGGCUAAGCUGACAGAGGGACUGAGUCUGGCCAAGGAAUUUCACAGUAACGUCCAGGAACUUCUCACUAAGAUGAGCAAAUGUGAAGAGUCUCUUGGACUUCUUCCUGCUCCUAGUUUUGUUCUGGACACAGUUUGUACUCAGCUGCAGGACCACAGAAUACUGGUGAAUGAGGUUAAUGGUUACAGUGAGAAGAAGGCCACAGUGGAGAACACAGGCUGUAGACUAAGUGAACUGAGCAGGAAGGAGGACUGUGAUGUCAUUCAUAACCUAAUCAUGACCGUCCAGGACCGCUUCAAAAGGUUACAGCAACGUACUUCAGAAAGAGGCCGGGUGCUGGAGGAGGUCAGAAAGAGUGCUAAACAGUUUAAUGAAUCUUGGUGCUUGUUAGUGGACUGGAUGGCUGAAGUAGAACAGACAUUAGACACACACAAAGAGCUUGCUGUGUCGCACGAGGAGAUUAAACAACAACUGACUGAACAGAAGGAAUUCCAGAAACUGCUGAGGUCAAAGAGACCUAUGUACGAGGCCACACUGAAGAGUGGCCGCAGCCUGCAUGAACGAGCUCACACCAGCCAAGAUCGACAACAUCUGGAAAACUUACUGGCUGAACUUAAAGACACGUGGGACACCAUCAGUGGCAAGUCUAUGGAGAGACAGCACAAGUUGGAGGAAGCACUGCUGUUCUCAGGCAGAUUCACUGAUGCUCUCCAGGCACUGAAUGACUGGUUGUACAGAGCAGGGCCCCAACUAGCUGAGGAUGUUCCUGUUGGUGGAGACAAAGACAUAGUCAACAACCUGAUAGACAAACACAAGGCGUUCCAAAAGGAGCUGGGCAAGCGAGCUGGAUGCAUUAGGACCCUGAAGCGCUCUGUGAGGGAUCUGACCAGGAGCAGCACAGCUGAUGCUCACUGGCUGCAGGAGCAGAUGGGUGAACUGGAGGGCCGCUGGGAGGCUGUGUGCAAACUGUCAGUCAGCAAGCAAGACAGGCUGGAAGCUGCACUUCAGCAGGCUGAGACGUUCGAUGGCCUUGUCCACUCUUUCAUGGAGCGGCUCUCUGAGAAUGAGAGGAUACUGAAAUAUGGAGUGAUACCAGAGGAGGAGGAAAGUUUGCUUGCUUUCCACAAACAACAUGAGGAGUCGCUGAGUGCCUUGCGGGCUCAGGCGGUGGAGCUGGAGAACAUCCAGUGUCUGGGUGAGGAGAUCCUGGCUUCCUGUCACCCAGACUCCAUAAUCACCCUCAAAUCUUGGAUCAGUGUCACUAAGACCCGCUAUGAGGAGGUUCAGACAUGGGCUCAGCAGCAGGGACAUAAGAUCCAGGCGAGCUUGGCAGAGCUGGAGACAGAGAGAGAGGAAGUCCACAGGCUUCUGGACUGGAUCUCCUCAGCAGAGGAAACCCUCAUCCUCAGAGACCAAGAGCCUCUGCCUCAGACUACACAGCAGAACCAAGAACUUAUUGAGCAGCACAGGGUGUUCAUGGAGGAGUUGAAUAAAAAGCUCCCAGAGGUUGAACACGCGACAAAAUCCUGCAAACACAAGAGCAUAUCCAAACAGCAAGUUUCCCCCCGCAAACGGCCACUCACAAAGAGGAGGAGUACUCUGAAGCUGCAGCCUGCUGUACCUGUUCCCCUGGAGCACCUCGACCCCCAGACUCCACAGCUCAGUGAGCUGGUCAGUCAGUGGCAGAAACUUUGGCUCCUGGCGGUAGCGAGACAAAACCAUCUGGAACAACACCAGAAAACACUCAAAGAGAUGGAAGCAUUUGCAAACUUCGACUUCAAUAUUUGGCGAAAGCGUUACAUUCAGUGGAUUAGUCAUUUGAAGUCAAGGAUCUUAGACGUGUUCCGCAGCAUCGACCGGGACCAGGAUGGACGCAUUAGCCAGAAGGAGUUCGUCGAUUAUGUCCUGGCCUCCAAAUUUCCCACCAACUCUCUGGAGAUGAAUGCUGUGGCGAGUAUCUUUGACAUGAACAAUGAUGGCUUUAUAGAUUACUAUGAGUUUGUGAGUGCACUCCACCCCAGCAGGGACCCCUACAGGAAAGCACUGGAUGCAGAUCAAAUCAAUGAAGAGGUGAGCCGACAAGUAUCACAGUGCAGCUGUCCCAAGAGGUUUCAAGUGGAGCAAAUAAGUGCUAAUAGAUACAGAUUUGGUGAUUCCCAACAGCUGCGGAUGGUUCGUAUCCUGCGUAGCACGUUGAUGGUCAGAGUGGGAGGGGGCUGGACUGCCCUCGAUGAGUUUCUGGUUAAGAAUGACCCCUGCAGAGUUAAAGGUCGAACCAACCUGAAGAUCAAAGAGAAGUACUUAUCUCCUACAGGAAGCACCUCCAAGGGUUUGACUGUCAGCAGGUCCAACUCAAGCCUCAGCCUCUACAGCAGUGCCUCAGCCCCCACCAGCCCCUUGACACGCAAGGCUGCAUUACUUCGCAGAAGUUUCUCAGGUGACCGGUGCAUCCGUCCCAGGAGCUCCAUCGCUGCUUUGGGAUCUGAUCUACAGUUUGUUACAACAGGGGAGGACAGCUCUCCUUCACCACCAGAUGAAACAGAGAGAUUACCCACAUGAAUACCUCUGCCUCUGAGAGCCAUGUGUGUGCUGCAGUGCUGAACCCAAACACAGCCUCAGGGCCUUGAAGCAGUGAUAAGCAGAAGCAAAGUGGGGGAGUGGCCAAAAAAAAAAAAAAA